CAAAGUUGGGGAAAAUGCUAUGGGAGAAUGCACUUCUCAAUGCGCAAAAGGUGACCGAACUCAAUCCUUCGUCUCACGUUGGAUACCAGUUGACACAUGCAGCGCUGCAUGGUGCGCAACAUUAUGAUGCAGCUAUCGAAGCCUUCAAAAUCAUGUUGUCCAAGUUGGACGAUUCUCCCGAAGUGCGGAUGCAAGACAAUUCCUCCAUGCAACACUGA